AUGGAGUUCCGCAGUAUUUUAAUUGAUAUAUCGAAUCAAUUGUCUGAUGCUAAUCGUCAUGCAUUCCAUUUUGCACUUGGAAAAGUAAUUCCACGAAAAUGCCGAGAUGAUUGUACACCGGAUGGCACUCUGCGUUUACUUGAUUGUCUUUUCGAACGAGGUUUUAUUGCUGACGAUAAUUUCGAUAAUUUAAUCAACAUUUUCGAACAAAUUCAAUGUUUUGACAUCGUCGAGCAACUCAAUGAAUACAGAUCCCGUUUGAUACACACGUCAAUUGCUGAGCCAGUUUCACCGAGCUGUACGGACGAUGGUAUACAAAGUUCGAUAGCUUACUCUCAUAGUAUGUCUGUGAAUGGUUCACCGUCUUCAGACGAACUAGUAGCUGAAUUACUAUGUGGAAACAUACAAUCUAGAACGAUAGCAUUGCCUAAGGAAACGUAUACAGUUAAUGAACGGAAAAUAAAGAAACGUUUUUCAAUCGUUCGAUCAAUACUCUACUCAAAAUCAAAUCAACUGUAUAUGAAAUUAAUCAUUAUUUUUAUCCUAUCAAUGAUUCUCCUAUUAUUAUCUUUUUGUGCGAUAAGACAUCUAAGAAAAUCAAAUUUCGAAGAACAAUCCUCAUUGCGUCAACACGAGUUCGUUUAUACGAUGAAGGAAGGUUCACCGUAUGGAAAUAAACUUUUCUGGACAAACAGAUCAUUCGAUGAUGCGAGAGAUCUUCUAUUAUCUUAUACCGAUUGCUGUAUCGGUAUUCGAUUAGAAUGGACAAAUAUUUCCUUAAAAUCGGUACGAUUCCUAUAUUCGAAUAAUCAAUCAUCCCAUUUAGCCAUACCCGAAGAAAGGCUGUUCUCUGACACGUUUAUGUUACAAUCGAACGAGAAUAUUAAUAAAAUUAAUAUGUAUACAAACAAUGGUACGAUCGUAGGAAUACAAUUGUGCACCACAGAUGGAAGAAAAAGCAGUGUAUUUGGUUCUACCAAUGGACAUUUUCUUACUGAAUCGUUUGAAAAUUAUACAUUUAGUUAUGCUACGGGAAAACAACACAACGACCAAAUAGUAAUGUUACAGUUUCAUUGGAUGAAACGAACUUCUUCGAAGGAAAAGAUAAUAACAGAAGCUCGAAAUAUGCGAGAAAUCUGCGAAUUUAUUUUUCUCAGCAAUAAAACUGCCGAUCGCACAAUCGUUUAUGCCCAGGGUAUUGAAUCAUCAUGGUACGAUUUGAAACGAAAACUUCAUCGAGAAGGUGAUGCAUAUGACAUGGCAGCAUCUUAUUAUCAAAAGACUCGACAAAAAGAUCGUGGACCCGAGUUAUUUGCUAUUAUCAAUAGCGACACAGUUUUCUACCAUCAUAACAAUCAAUGGCACAUGUAUAACAGUGCAAGAAAUGUUAGUUGUAGUAUUCGACCUUGGUCGGACUAG